CCUGCUUCUUACAGCUGAGGUCAAUCCUGCGCUUGAGUGUGUAAAUAGAGGAGUUUGAACUGUCAUGACCUCUCCUGUGGCUUUGAAAACUGUGGAAAAACUCUUCUCAAAGGGAUUCUGAAACAGUCCUGCUUUGGUCAUCAGAUGUUACCCAUCGUCUCUGGUCAUAACCUAGAUGAACACAAGUGUGUCCAACACCCUGAAGGCUAUCAAAGGAUGCAGAUUCCUCCUUGGCCUGCAGCCUCUAUACUCCUACUCAACUGCCAAGCCUGCCCAAGCUCUCGCCUUCGUUCCAGCCAGUCCUCCCCCAGAACCCCUGGAAGUUAAGAAGCUGCAAGACUUCAUUUUUUCCUCCCAGAGGUUGUUUGUGAUCACUGGAGCUGGAAUUUCCACUGAGUCCGGAAUCCCAGACUAUCGCUCUGAAGGUGUGGGCCUUUAUGCCCGGACAGAUAGGCGGCCCAUCCAGCAUGCUGAGUUUCUCCGAAGCUCCCGUGCCCGCCAGCGGUACUGGGCCAGAAACUUUGCGGGCUGGCCACAGUUUUCUUCUUAUCAGCCAAAUGCGGCACACCUGGCUCUGAGGAAGUGGGAGCUGCUAGGGAAGCUGCACUGGCUGGUGACCCAGAAUGUAGAUGCCCUUCAUGUGAAGGCUGGAAGUCAGCAGCUGACAGAGCUACAUGGCAGCACGCACAGGGUGUUAUGCCUCAGCUGUGGAGAGCAGAUGCCCCGUGCUGAGCUGCAGGAACUCUUUGAAGCCUUGAACCCCACAUGGAGAGCAGAAGCACAUGGAGUAGCCCCUGAUGGGGAUGUCUUCUUGACAGAGGAGCAAGUGCAGAAUUUCCAUGUCCCCUCUUGCAAUAAGUGUGGUGGCCACCUCAAGCCAGAUCUGACGUUCUUCGGGGAUACGGUCAGCAAGGAGAAAGUUGACUUUGUGUACCAGCGACUGGCAGAAUCAGACUCUGUCCUUAUGGUGGGAUCGUCAUUGCAGGUGUACUCAGCUUACAAAUUUGCCCUUGCGGCCCAUGACAGGAAGCUACCCAUUGCCAUAGUUAAUAUUGGCCCCACAAGGUCAGAUCCCCUGGCGGUUCUGAAGCUGAAUUCUCGUUGUGGAGAGCUGCUGCCCUUGAUUGUCAUACAGUGAUCCAAAUCCAGGUCCAGAGAAGCCAACAUUUAAAGUGCCGAGUCUGCCUGGUCCUGGGUUUUGGUUACUUAGGAAAAGCUUUACUGAGUGGACAGCCACGUGACAGUGAUGUGGAAGCUGUUUCAGUCAGAAAGCCCACAAGCAGAAGUGGAAGGAGGAUUCAAGGACCGAUUUGGAGAAGGACUGUAUCGCAUCUGUGGUUUUGUGUAAUGCCAGGCAUACAGCUGGAGUCAAUAACUGUUUUCAGAUUAUGGAUUGUUACUUGGAUGUGCUUCCAUCUGUAUGAACAGCCCUGAGUCGUCAAAGAUGGGCUAGAUAGAAAUGUGGUUAAUAAAAUGAA